UUUAUCUUGUUAAUUUCAAACCAGUUCUCUGAUUUGUAACACUCAUUUUGAAUUCUAAACCUGUUAUCCAAAGUGCUUGCAACCCCUCCCAGCUUGGUAUCCUCUGCAGAUUUUCUGAGCAUACUCUCCACUUCAUUAGCCAAGUCAUUGCUGAAAAUGUUGGCCAGUGCCGGAGCCAGUACAGAGCCCUGGGAGAACACCCUAGAUAUGCCCUUGCAGGCUGACAGGCAGCCAUUGGGAACAGCUCUUUGAGUACCGGCUUUCCACGCAUUGUGCACCCACCUUAGAGUCAUUUCACCUAGACCAGCGUUCCCUAGUUUCCAUGCAAACCCUUUCAGUCGUUCCUCCAUCAGUCCAUCCCUCCUGCUCCCUGCAGGGUUUUGUUGCUCCUCUCCAAACUCUUUCCAGUUUGUCAGUAUCGCUCUUGUACUGAGAUGCCGGCAGUGGAUGCAGGACAGGCUGUUCAUUCCCCCCUCCCCCUUGCUGGACUGAAGAGUUUUCUCCAUUGUUGCUUUAAGGCUGACUUGGAAACACUAAGGACCAUGCUGUUGGUUAAUAUUCCAGUGGCAACAUCCCCUGCAAAGCCAAUCCCAAAGAGCCCUGCAGCCAGAGCCACCUCCUUGAUUGGUGCAUGCAAAGCCCAGUUCGCUCUCCCCUCCCAAACAGGAAGCAACAAAGCCAGGCUGUUCUUGAAUUGAAUUGGAGGAAGUCUCCACACUUACGCAAAGCAAUUUGGCAGAAGUUAGAUAGCAGGGAAACAACAAGUGCUGCUGCAGAGCUUAUAGGAACGGCAGAGCCUGGGAGCUGUCUCGGGGGCAGAUUUACUAAGCUUUCUGCGAAGGAUUCAUUCUUAGCUCCUGCACUACAGGGACGCGCACCUCCGAUCAGUACCCCACACCGUUCCGACUCCGCCAUCUCCGUUCGCUCGUUACACUCCGAGUCCAACAUGUCCUUGCGCUCGACGUUCUCGCUCCACGAGGAAGAGGAGGAACCAGAGCCCUUGGUGUUUGCCGAACAGCCAUCAGUGAAACUCUGCUGCCAGUUGUGUUGUAGUGUGUUUAAAGAUCCAGUCAUCACAACCUGUGGGCACACGUUUUGCAGAAGAUGUGCCUUAACAUCUGAGAAGUGCCCAGUGGACAACGCCAAACUGACUGUGGUUGUUAACAAUAUUGCCGUGGCCGAGCAGAUAGGGGAGCUGUUCAUUCACUGUAAAUAUGGCUGCCGGCCCGCCGCCAGCAGCAAGCCGGCUGCCUUCGAGGUGGACCCCCACGGAUGCCCCUUUACCAUUAAACUGAGCGCCCGGAAAGAUCACGAAAGCAGCUGUGAUUACAGACCAGUUCGCUGUCCCAAUAACCCCAGCUGCCCACCUCUCUUGAAAAUGAACCUGGAGGCGCAUCUCAAAGAGUGCGAACACAUCAAGUGCCCUCAUUCCAAAUACGGGUGUACGUUCAUAGGAAAUCAAGACACCUACGAGACUCACUUGGAGAUGUGUAAGUUUGAGGGGCUGAAGGAGUUCCUGCAGCAGACAGACGACCGCUUCCACGAGAUGCAGGUGGCAAUGGCUCAGAAGGACCAAGAAAUCGCCUUCCUGCGCUCAAUGCUGGGCAAGCUCUCAGAGAAGAUUGACCAGUUGGAGAAGAACCUGGAACUCAAGUUUGAUGUGCUGGAUGAGAACCAGAGCAAGCUGAGCGAGGACCUGAUGGAGUUCCGCAGGGAUGCCUCCAUGCUAAAUGAUGAACUGUCCCACAUCAACGCCCGCCUCAACAUGGGCAUCUUAGGAUCGUACGAUCCUCAGCAGAUCUUCAAAUGCAAGGGGACCUUUGUCGGGCAUCAGGGCCCUGUCUGGUGUCUGUGUGUUUACUCCAUAGGAGACUUGCUUUUCAGUGGCUCCUCAGACAAAACCAUUAAGGUGUGGGAUACCUGCACCACAUACAAGUGCCAAAAGACCUUGGAGGGCCACGAUGGGAUUGUCCUAGCUCUCUGCAUUCAGGGGAACAAGCUGUACAGCGGUUCUGCUGACUGCACCAUCAUUGUCUGGGACAUUCAAACCUUGCAGAAGGUGAACACGAUCCGAGCGCAUGACAAUCCUGUUUGCACUUUGGUCUCCUCACACAACAUGCUGUUCAGUGGCUCCCUUAAAGCCAUUAAGGUCUGGGACAUCGUGGGCACCGAACUCAAGCUGAAAAAGGAACUGACAGGUCUCAAUCACUGGGUGCGAGCGCUUGUGGCUUCUCAAAACUAUCUCUACAGUGGGUCUUACCAAACAAUCAAGAUCUGGGACAUCCGGAACCUGGAGUGUGUCCAUGUGCUGCAGACGUCAGGGGGCAGCGUGUACUCCAUCGCCGUGACCAACCAUCACAUUGUGUGUGGCACCUACGAGAACCUCAUCCAUGUCUGGGAUAUCGAGUCGAAGGAGCAGGUACGCACGCUGACCGGGCACGUGGGGACGGUGUACGCCCUGGCCGUCAUCUCCACGCCGGAUCAAACCAAAGUCUUCAGUGCGUCGUACGAUCGCUCUCUCAGGGUGUGGAGCAUGGACAACAUGAUCUGCACUCAGACGCUGCUGCGGCACCAGGGCAGCGUGACGGCGCUCGCGGUCUCCAGGGGCCGCCUGUUCUCCGGCGCUGUGGACAGCACUGUUAAGGUCUGGACGUGCUAACGGCAGCAGCUCCGCCAGUCCUGCACCCCGAGCUACCAGAAUCUCCUUCUCCUCUGCCGGCCUGUUGGAUGACUGACACCGCUCUGAAAUAGCUGCUGCCGCCCUCUGCUCACCACCACCACCUGCUGCCUUCCAUCGGCCACAGCAGCUACGCCCUCAGCAUCGCUGUCGCCCAGGGCCGCCUCCGAAGUCAGCCCUGUCCCAUGAACUAGGUGGGAGACCUGGCCUGCUGCGAGGGCCGGUGGGUCAGUGCUGUUCUCCGUGCUGCACACAGCACCGGGCAGGGGCUUGUUACUGUAGUGUCACCACAGCAGAGCCUGGCCCGAAGGCUCGGCACGCCAAACGGGACACGGGCUGGCUGGGCUGGUCGGGCCAAGCACGGCGCAGGUGGCAAUGGGACAGCACAACGCCGGCGGUUGCAGCGGAGCCUGUCGAGGAAGCGAAGAACCAGGAGCGAGGUCGCUUUGCAAACAGGAGAACUGAGCUUCGGCCUUGUCCUCCGCUCGGGUUCGCAUGGGCCCCUCUCAGUCGCUCUUGUAUUUAAUGUGACUGCCCAGACGACAGCGAGCUGCUGUUUGGCCUUUCAAGAGGAAUCUUCCUUGUGGAGCCAGGUACGAUUUUUACACCACAAGCUAGUUCUCUGAUCAAGUAACACAAGCGAUUGGUUCACCCUCCCUGUAAUUACAGUCUCCACAUUAAAGAGAAAAAGCCUCUGUUGCAUUUUUACUCACAUUUUCUACGGUUUUUAAGAUUGUAAUAUAACUGGAUUAUUUCUUCAUUGACAAUAAAAGUGGAAAGAGCU